UUAUACCAGGCUAAACAAUAUUAAAACCUGUUGUUGUACAAUAUCCUAUGAAGGCCCGGUCGUUCCCAGUGCACUUCUUGUCGUGUUCAAUAUCUUCGCAAUUACCUCAGUUUCGGCUUCCCAUGUACGCAGGCCACUAGUAAACUUUGUAAACACCCGGCAAACUUUGACAACCCGGUACUGCAAACCAUCGCUUCAGUUCACCAUUUCAAUUGGAAAGCUUCAACUGUACAAAAUCAGCUGUAACGAAUGACAAUAGGCCGAUUCCUGAAACGCCAUUCGCGUACGCAGUGUUUCUGUAGCGGAACAAAGUCAACAACGUUGCUUGUUUUGUUUUUGCACUGUGCAUCGUAAGAAACUAUCGUGAUGAAUCAUUAUGACCAGAUAAGUGAUUGUGUACGCUAGCAAAGUUGUUCAGUUUGUUGCCAAACAGCAUAAACAUAACAUAACAGCAUACAGAAUGGGUGGCCAGGCAUCGAGCAUUUCGCAAAAAAUCCUACCAGCCGACACGGUCGACUCGCUGCACUUUGAGAUAAAAAAGCAGGUACACAUCUUCUCCGAAAUAAACAAUCUGGCAUACGAGGACUUUCAGAAAUGCCUCGCGGAUUUGAAUCGGCUCUCGCGCAAAUGUUUGGACCCUAAUGGCAAGCAGCUGGUUUUUGCGGUGAAAAAAGGAACCGACAACUCGAUACUAUGGAAGCGGACAGUACGCAUCGCGUGCGUUAAGAUCGAUCCCGAGACGCGGAAAAUCGACUGCUUCAAGCUGCUUACGUUGCAGCAGUUUCUGCAAGUGUUCCGUACAUUCCAGACAAAUCUGCACGCGAUGGUUACGGUGGAAAGCGCCCGGAUCCAAAGUCCCACCGCAAGUCCCUCCAAGGGCGGCAAACCUGUUGCCUCCGACGACGGAGAAUCGAGCGCGAGCCCUCGAGAGAAAUCCGACCCGAACGUGCGCCCGUCGCCGUCUUCGUCGUCCGCCUCAUCCGACUCGUCGCACACAAAGUUCGUGUUUCCAGAGAGUACGACCGCAUCGAUGCUCAUGGCCCAGGUCGACGCGAUCACCACGGGCGGCAGCGGGACGGCACGGGAACAGGAAGGUGACGGUUCCACCGAUCAGAACGAAUGCUGUAUCUGUCUCGAGCGGAAGCCGGAAGUUUCGCUACCAUGCGCCCACAGCUACUGCAUGCCGUGCAUCGAGCAGUGGAACAUCCACCAGAAAACUUGCCCCAUAUGCGACGAGGCGCUUGCUAGCACCGACGAUACCUGGGUCCUGUCCGAAAUGCCCGAAGCGAACGAGGUUAGCGAGGAGAUCUGUGCCACGCUGCAGAAGCUGUCGGCCGAGGCCACGGAGGGGGACGAAAGCGAUAAAAACUGGCUGCGCCGGAUGCUAGAUUUGUGAUUUCUGCCACAUCUGACUUUAGAAGGCAGUGUGUCAAAUGUUUUCUCUAUCCCAGCAAUCCACUAAAGCAUUCAAUGAUUCUAUUCGUGCAUAUGAUAUUUAGAACCAAAAUUUCAAAAAAGAGUUAAAUAACGAUCUGCGAGUCAUAGGACAUGUCAUGUUACAGCUUGACAAAGUUAUAUUGCCAAAAUUAACGUAAAACAUCAGGUAUAUUGCCAGUCAAACAUAAAACAUUAUACCCAGAGUGCUGCCCAUGUUCGUACUGUUAUGCAAGAAAGCGAAUAAUGAUUAGCAGUUGAUUAGAUGUGAUUUUAUUACAACUAUUUUAUUCUUCGUUUAUAAAUGUUUUAAUGCAUGCACCCAAACUGGUAAAGAUGUUGGAUAUCUUUUCUGUUAUAAACUGUUUUACUUUUUUUCUUUAAAAGCGCAUUGAGAUAGCCCCUUGAAAUCAGCUUCCGCCAACCGGGUUUAACAAAACAUUUUUUCGCUCGAGUUAAAAAUCUCAGUAUUUUUUUAGCGCACUAUUUGCUUCAGUGGAGAAAAUAAAAGUAAUAAAGUCGACUAUACACUACCAAUGAAAAGGAAAAAAAAACAUUGAAAUCGAAUUUAAGUGGGGUUGAAUAGAUUAAUCCAGAAUCUUGUUCACUGUAACAGUAAAAAGUAAAUUCAACCAUCCCGACUAGCCGCGUAUGAUUACUGUUGGAAGCAAUUUUCGCAUGCUUUUAUUACACUUCAAUGUCCAGCUAUUUCUCUUCAUUUCUCUUCACAGACCGAAAAGCCUUUUAGUUGCUUUUGAGUAGUAAGGUAAAGUUACACAAAACUGUCUUUUACGUUAUAUCUGAAUUCGUUUGAUGGAGUUGUGAAACGCUUAAGUUUGCGGACACAAAAGGCUCGCUUUUAAUCGUAUUACACCUUAUCAUGAUUGCACUGAAGAUUGGAGGUGCUUGGUAAACGCUCCAAUGGUGUAUUCAUUUUCUGUGUCUGCUUUAUUAUGAUGCUGCUAGUACAAAACACUAUACAGUCGAACAGGAAUAAGGUCAACAUGUAUAAAAAUGUCGAUUUUGUAGUACAGAGGAAAGUUCGGGCGUAUGUUCUGGCAAUCGAUUAAAGUAAAAUAAUGCAAAGUAAUCCACCCAGCGCAAAUCGCGUCACAUUGAAAAUUAUGGUCAUAAUUCUGGUUGCUGGACCGUGUCCUUUAUAAUUUAAAGUUAUCCUGGCUCGACUGUAUAAACUACCCGAUUUGAUCGUCGUCAUGAUUGUGCAUUAGAAUGUCUACCCUGUACACCAAAUUCCAUGCUUCAAUAGAAGUCGAAUCUAUUCCGUUAUUUCAUAUUAUUAUCGUAGCACAACUUGGAAGAAUAAUGCAAACAUAAGUUGGCGUAGUAGAAAAAAAUUAAUGAAAAGCCACAACGGCAUAAAAAAAUGGAAAUACAACGGCAACAUUUGUUUUGUUAACAA